AGCUGUUAGUCUGAGCUCUCUCCUCCAGGUUUCAUAUUUUUUCACAUUUUCUUCACCUACCUUCACCUAUCUUCACUGUUUGCAACAACAAUAACUGUCGUAACAGUGUGGUGUUAUUUGUGGUGACUUUUGAGCUUGUGUGGAGGUCAAUUUGUGGUCCUUUCGAUCCUAUGUCGACGAGACGCAAGGCGAAGCAGGGCGGCGAGGAAACUAUGCCGGAGAGUCCUGUCACCCUGGAGAGUAUCGCCGCUCAGCUCUCCACCCUGUCAACCCAGACAACUAAAAACUUCCAGGAGUUAUCUAGCAGUGUCAGUGACUUGAGAGAUGACAUUAAGUCACUGCGUUCUGAGGUUUCUGAGGUGAAACAGAGUGUGGAGUUCGCCCAUGAGCAGAUUAACCUAAUCAAAACGGAAGUAAUCCCAGGUGAAGUGGAUGCCCUGAAAAGUCAGGUGAAUGAUCUGGAGAGUAAGCUGCUUGCAGCCGAAAUCUACUCCAAGAAGCAAAAUCUGUUGUUCUGGGGUAUCCCCCACGAAGCAAAGGAAGAUGUGGUGUCAAAAGUUCGCAACUUCAUGGAGGCCAAGCUUCACGUAGACGGCGCGGAUUCCAUUCCCUUUGUAAAUGCCCACAGGCUCCCGCGUGCGAAGGGAAAUCCGGUUAUUGUGAAGUUUGUUUCCCAGCUGGAUCGGGAUUCAGUGCUGCAACAUGCCUACAAGCUACCACCUAACUCCGGCACGGGGGUGAGCCAGCAUUUGCCAGUAGCCUUGCAGAAGAAGAAAGCAGAGCUUCGUUCAGCAUUCGACGAUGCGCGGAAGAAGGGUCGGAAACCUAGAUUCAGAAUCGACGGGACACAAGUGACCUUGGUAGUCGGUGAAAAGGUUUUCAAGACUUCUCAGUCCUACUUCGAUCACAUUGCUUGAACUUGUUUGACUUUAUACUUACCUGGACGGCUGUAUUCUUCAUUUAUGAGGUAAACGAAAGUAGGACUACUUCCUGAUUUAUCUAUACAUUUGUGGGUUUGAUAUUUUCUUAAAUGCAUCCAGGCUCCUUUGUUGCCAUUAUACUGUUUUUCGUUGAUAAGUUAUACAGGUGAUCAGCCGUUCUUUAUGUUAGCCUGGAGGGAAAUGCCCCAAAUGCCACUUUGAAGUGUCUAUAGUAAUAUAGUUAAGUAAGCUCUUGUUCAUUGGCUUUGUGUGUUAUGUAUAUGGAUAGUACUUUAUACAACUUUUCACUGUGCGCCUUCCCUGCCACCCCAUGUUUCAAAUCAAUCUGCAAUGCCGAAAGGUUUCGACGCUCUUUUUUCCCCCUUAAGCAAUGCCUUUACUGAUCUCUGCUAAUUCUGUGCCCGUGAGGUAUCCAGGCAAUAAGUUCUUAACAUUUAUGCAUGUAAAUGUAAACAGUAUAGUAGCAGGUAACAAAUUAGAUGAAAUUUCAGCCUUGGCUUCAGAAUUUAGCUUAGAUAUAAUAGCGGUCACUGAGUCUUGGCUCAGUGACUCUGUCGAUUCACACGAAAUCUCCUUGGCUGGUUUUCAGCCGCCUUUUCGACGUGACCGUAACCGCCACGGCGGUGGGGUCCUUUUAUAUGUUUCAAAUAGUAUUUCAUGUAUAAGGCGCAGCGAUCUUGAGCCGCAAUCCUUUGAAUCUAUGUGGCUGGAACUUAAAAUUGGCUCUUUUAAAAUACUUUUUUCUGUUUACUACCGGCCACCUGGACAAAAUGUUUGCAUAAUUGAUGACUUCAUGAAUUCUUUUACCGACUCUGUCAUCAGGGCGCGUUCUUCGCGCCCCGAUGCCAUUGUUGUUACAGGUGACUUCAAUGCUAAACACAAUGAGUGGUGGCACCAGGACCCAAUAAACUAUGCAGGAGCAAAACUUUACCAAACUUGUCAAUUUGUUAACUUUGAACAAAUAGUGAGGGA